UUGCAGAUUUUACUUUCGUCGAUAUAGACCUAAAAAUCAGAUUCGCUUUUUGCUGGGUUGAGAUUGAAUAAAAAGAACAUAGUUGUAAACGGAAUAAUACUCAUUACAAAGUAAGUCCUGAAAACAAAUGGUUUCAAAAAUUAUGGUUUUAUAAAAAGAAAAUCGGUUUUAAAAACGUUAACAAAGUCGAUUAUGUAACAAGCGAACUAUAAUCUAAUAUCUGAAGUCGGUUCGUUUAAAGGGGCAUUGUUCCAUCCAGAUGAAACGAUACCAAAGAAAUUUUAUAUUUGUAUAUAAUUUUGUAUGGUAAAACCAGUUUAAAUUGUGAAAGUGCGAAUUCAAAAUUCCAGUCUAUGGACUCGUACAUAUGUAUGUAUAGAUACUUACAUACAUUUUAUAUUUUUUGUAUUCGUAUAUCAGAAAGUGCUAAUUUUGAUAAAAAAAAAUAGAAAAACAGAAACUAAUUUCCUUAACAAACAGGAAAUUUAUUGGAUUACAAUAUUAGAUUCGGAUUGCUGCUUUUCAGUGAUUACAUCGCUUAUAUCUACUUGAAAAUUAAAUUUUUUAAGAAUGUUCAGGAAAAAGUGAUGAAACCAUUGCCACUCAGAGCCAUUUCAAAACACUAAGCUUGAACAAUGAAGUCCAAAAAAUAUGUUUCAGUCCUCUUUAUUAUUUAUAUGAAUUUUGGUUUUACGUUAGGAGAAGAAUUUGAUAGAAACAACAUAACCAUCCUACAUGAGGUGGAAAAUGACCCGCUAGAAUUAAAUACACACGAAGUGUUACCUUCCAAGUCAAUAAAAAAGAAACCCUAUGCCAUUCUUGAUAAACCCAGCGAAUAUGUAAAAAUUCCCGUUGUGAAAGCAUAUAAUGCUCAUGCGGUAGCUUUUGAUUUCAAUCUUGGUGACUUAGAAGACGUACACGAUGCCAUACUACCGAGUGGAGAUUUGAGCUCAGAGGAACGACAUUUGCUUCGGAAUACAAACGAUGACGACUUGACAUAUUCCGAAGAGCCAUUGAUAACACCGAGUGUCGUCAGCACAUAUGUAACACCAAUGUCAACAGAGUCAUACUUUAGCACUUCAUCGAUAAGUACCACUGAAAAGACCACAUCAAAAGAGGUGGCGGCGCCAUCGACUACGUCAACGUCAUCAGCUCUAUCAACCGAUAUGUCAUCAACAGAAGUGACAACUCCAAUGGUGGUUACAAUCUCGUCAAAUGAAAAAAGUUUAUUAGCUUCUACCGCAGAAGAUCCAGUGAGUCCACAUAUUUUUAAAAUUGUUUCAAAAAAUAAAUCCAAAAUCAAGGGUGGGCACGAUUACUAUCUGAAGGAUGAACAACAAAAGACUUUUGGCAAUCACUUCAACAGCAUUAGCACAUUCUUUGGGGAUACUGAAGACAAUUCCACAACGGAUGCCCUGCAUUCGCAUAUAAAUGUUUUCCACUUGAUGGUUAAUUUGUUCGAUCAUUUUUUCUGGCAGCUAUCGGAGAUCCGCAAGAAGGUUUCGCCGGCUUGCUCAGUAGAAAUCAACUCCUAUCUGUUGGCUCUUAAUAACAACGUUGAGUGGGCACAAAAAGCUUACGAUUCGUCUGGUCAUUACCGGGGACAACUUUUUUUUGGGAGCAAUAAAUGGCUAGGACAAAGGCAAUGUUGCAUGGAAAUCAACCACCAAGAUGACCGAAAACAUAUGGAGUUUGAAUUUAAUGUAGCAACUAUACAUAUUGCUGCUUGGGCACCAUAUAAUUUGACAGCUGAAUUGCAGCUUGGUGAAUGUCUACCGAAAUCCUGUAUUCCUCGAGAUGUCGAAGCUAUUCUUAAACUAGAUCCACACGUACAGAUGCUUUCAUCAGGACUGAUUCCUAACAACAACUCCCAUGUGAACAUCAAGUCGGUCCGCAUCGUUCCAGGACGAUAUUGUCUUUGGAAGGAUACCAAAUUUGUUUUCUUUUUCACCUUUUGCAUAGGAUUAGUGGGGGUUGUUUUAGUUGCAACUUGCUACGAGUCAAAUAUCAAUGAAAUAAAAAGAAUACGGAAAAUGACUAAUAACGUAAAGGUCGAUCCCAAAAUCGGAGUUAAUCCAGAUUUAAAAGGCAAAGCAUUCGAAAUAUAUCAAAUGACAAAGUUAAGCACCAACAUCGAUAGCAAUAAUGUUGACAUAGAAGCUGAUCUGCAAAAGAAUAACAAACAGGAUAAAAAGCAGGAAACCUUUCAACCGGAAGCCAAGCAGGAAGUAACACAAGGAAAUGAAGGUGUAAUAGCGAAACAGGCAUGCAGUGAUGUAAAUGCCAAUCAUGUUGACUUCCCAUUGGAUGAGAUGAAAAAAACUGAUUUGGGAAUUCACCAAGAGAUACUUUUGUGUUUUGCAUUUCAAAGGAACGCCAGCACAAUACUAUCUAUAGAUCAGAAAGUGGAGAAUCAAACAAGUUGUGUUCAUGGAUUAAGAGUCUUAUCGGUGCUUUGGACAAUUCUAGUUCAUACGUAUUUGGAAAUGUUUGUAAUUGGAGAGAAUAGGUUUUUACGUGUAAUUACAGAACGUAACUUUUUAUAUCAAUUUAUUGGUAAUGCAACAUUUUCGGUGGACACAUUCUUUUUUAUAAGUGGAUUUCUAGUAACUUUGCUUUUUCUCCGACAAGAUAAAAACAAGCAAACAGAACAUUCGAAACGUGAUGGCUUUCUGAGGAAAAGCAUGAAUAAAAGCUUUCUGAUUGUCAUGUAUCGAUAUAUUAGAUUAACACCUGCAUAUUUAUUUGUCGUUGAAUUUUAUGAACUUUCACUGAAGUACACAUUCGACAGAUCUGUAUUCCAGCCCCAGUUUGCAGUGCAGACUUGCUCCGACUAUUGGUGGCGUAAUAUCAUUUACAUCAAUAAUUUCUUUCCACUUAACCAGAUGUGUAUGGUUUGGUCCUGGUAUAUGGCAAACGACAUGCAAUUCUAUAUCAUGGCUACAUUGCUGUUAGUUUAUUCUACAAGAUAUUUUAAAACAACAAUUUUGAUCCUUUUGACGUGUUUGGUGAGCUCGUGGGGUGUAUCAGGCAUGAUAUCGAUACAUUACAAUUACACACACAAGGUGGCGAAUCCGUUUGAAUCAUUUAAUUUUCUUUACGAUAAACCCUGGCAGAGAGUCGGGCCAUAUAUUGUGGGUAUGAUUAUUGGCUUCGUAGUGCACGUUAAUAAAACCCCACCAAAAAUAUCGCACCGAACGAACCUGCUCCUCUGGUCCGGCAGUCUUGGGCUAUUAUUUUUCGUUAUCUGUGGCGUUUAUUCUGGUCAGCUAAGUGUUAUAGCCACAGCAUUUUAUGUCAGCAUCGGACACACUGCAUUCGGAGUCGCUCUAGCUUGGAUUGUACUUUCGUGCUGCUGGGGACUGGCUAAUCCCGUUAACAAGGUGCUUUCGUAUCCUGGCCUUUUGCCACUGAGUCGUUUGACAUAUUGCACGUAUCUUGUCCAUCCAGUGAUAAUGCUAUUGACAUCGUCUCAAAUGGAUGGAACUGUCCAUUUGAAUAACAUCAUGAUCUGGGUUAUAUUUUUAGGAAAUGCUGUCGUGUCGUUCGGGGUCGCGUUUUUUAUAUCCGUGAUAUUCGAAGCCCCAGUCGUCAGGCUGUUGAAAAUAUACUUUAAAAAAUGAGAAAGGAUAUACUGCACAGCACCGCCCGCCACCCCGUAUGAGUUAUGCGGCCUGUAUCAGAUUUUGUAGACAUUUUAUAGAAUUUUGUUCAUACCUGCAAUGUGAUCAUCAAUUACAUUUCGUUGAUAUUUUGUUAUUGAAUGAAGCAGAAUGUAAUAAUAGAUAGUAAUAAUGUAUAUAUGUAUGUAGAUAUAUAAUAAAGUGUUAUUCAUUAUUAUAAAAAUU